ACGCUUUUCAAGAGACUCUCUGAUAAACCCUUUUCUAUUGUCAUACUAUAUAUAUGGCGCUGUCAUUAGUUGCUACUUAUACCUGUGAAGAAAGAGCAAAGGGCACUAAAGAGACACAUGAGUUGUAUAUGGUAGGCUAUCUGAUGUGGAUGAUGGCAACGCACAAAGAGCAAUGAAAUGAGACCGACCCUUGGGCAGUGUAUAGGCCUAAGCUGCCUGUUCUGUACAGGUGACAUGAUUCCUUGCCGACGUUUCCAGAUUUUGGAUUUGCUUCGUUGAGCUGAAUGUUCAAUUUAUGCUAGUCAACGGCGUCCCUUCCUGAUCCCAGAUUUUUUAGGGCGCCGCAUCCCGAUGAUGUUGGAAAUGUCAGCUGCUGCGGGUAUAGAAACCCGGACACCAUCCCUGCCUCACCAGCUGCCUGCACGCCACUGACAUGACAACGCGUGGAAGGAAAACAAAGAUCAAAGGGCUCAGACCUAUAGCUGGACGUGUGAACUGGAAAAUAAGGGGUCUCACGCCAGGUUAUCAAACUGGAGGAGGCCGAAACGCAUCUGUUGGGGACAAGCACCAAGGGCAGUGCGGAACUCUAACGCGCCGGGAAGAGACUGGGAGAGGUAUCGGUGUGUCGUACCCUCCUUACCCUGAUAAGGUUGCAUCUUUUUCUAUAACUGCUUGUUAUGUCCCAGAUUCUGAGGAUAGCAUGAUUUUUAUGUAACAAAAUGUGGAUAUUUCUAUCACCUGUGUUUUUUUCCCACAUUUGUCCGAUUUGAUAGUUCGGUCCAGUGCCCAUUGAAGAUGAUCAUGCUCUGCAAUUCGAGGCUGGUUAUGGAAAAGCAAAGGCACCGAUGAAUAAACUGGUUAAAUCAGAACUCAUUCUACCGUCGGUGGUCGUUCUGGCACUGCUUCUAACUAGCACCAUGGGUUGCAUUCAGAGCAUCGCCUGCAAGCCGCGAAUCAGACGGGAGAAUAUUGUUGUGUAUGAGGUCUCGGCCUCCAUUGACCAGUGCCCUACCGUGAUUGAGGAGAACUCACCGAUUGUGCUGCGCUACAAAACGCCCUAUUUCAGGGCUUCUGCGGGUAUUGUGAUGCCUCCUGUGCCACGAAAUGAGACGUGGACUGUUGGCUGGAUUCAAGCUUGCACUCAGAUGGAAUUCUACAAUACAUAUGGGGACAUUGGAAUGUCCAGCUGGGAGCUUCCGGAGCUGCGCGAGGGCCGCGUCAAGGCCAUCAGCGACUCCGACGGCGUCAGCUACCCCUGGUACGGCAACACCACCGAGACAGUCACGCUGGUGGGCCCCACGUACAAACCCUCGCGCUUGACCGUCAGCAUGAAUGACAACUUCUACCCCAGCGUGACCUGGGCCGUGCCCAUCAGCAACAGCAACACGCCCAUGCUGACGCACAUCACCCGCGACCAGAGCUUCAUCACCUGGCUGGUGGCGCUCAACGCCGUCACCAAAGAGCGCAUCGUGCUGCAGACCAUCCGCUGGCGCAUGCGCGUGGACAUCGCCGUGGAGCCCGGCAUGCCGCUGGGCUCGCGCGCCUCCCUGGUGGGACGGCCGCACCAGGAGCAGCCCCACAUCCUCAACAACCCCGAGCCCAUCCCGCCCAACGCGCUGGGCCGGCCCAACGCCAACGACGCCCAGGUGCUCAUGUGGCGUCCCAGGAGAGGCGCGCCGCUCGUGGUCAUCCCCCCCAAGUAGCCGCCAGUGGACCUCAAGGACUCACGCGCGGGAGUGGCUGGGUUGGAAAAGAAUCCCUUCCCACCCCCCCCCCCAACCCGAACAGAGGCAAAGGAGCUGCUGGAGAUCCAGCUGCGCGGACAGCAGGGUGGAGAGCGGUGGUGCCGCCAGACUGGAUCUGUGGAACUGGAUCUGUGGGGAAACGUGGCUUUGGAGAGGCUUCGGUUGAACUGAAAGUUGAUGGUUCUGCACAGCACUCAUUUGCAACCAAUACACUGUACACUGCAUGAGAGGAAUAUAGUGUGUGUGAGAGAGAGAGAGAGAGAGAGAGAGAGAGAAAGAGAGAGAGAGAGAGAGAGAGAGCAAGAGAAAGAGUGAGAGAGAAAACUGAUGCUCGCUCUGGAAGUCGGCGAUUUGGUGUCAGGUGGCAUGAGAUUCUGCGGAUCUCUGGGACAGAGGGGACUGUAAGCCCCUGCACUCGGACAGUACAAACCAAAUGAAACAGUGCUUGUAGCCAACAAGUUUGUGGUGAAACAAAAAAAACAUUACAGAAAAAAAUUAAGAGCAACACUUUCAUAGACUUAAAAAAAAAAACACAUAUACAAUCAUUUGUAGUCUAAUUUAAUUGGUUCACAGAGAACUAAACCAUUUUUUUCAAUUGACUAAUUUAGAUGCUGAAACAGCUCUGAUUUCUUGAAGAGGAGAGAGCAUGUGUCACCACCAUCACCACCACCACUGAUGAGAAUUUAAACCACUACCUUCAAUGAACACACCUUCCUUUGCCUUGCAUGAGAAUAGUAGUCUCCACAUAAUAGGUUCAAAGCGGAGGUGCAGCACUGUGUGUAUUCCGUUGCGGAGACCUGGAACGCCACGGCCAGGACUGGCCCGGUGUGAUUAUUCAGUGUUGUAGGAUUGAGGCUGAUAGCUGUUGACUUCAGCAGGGUCUGCAGGCUCACCACCCCAGGCACAAGGGCAGAGACAUAGCUCUUUGGGAGCCGAGGGUGUGUCCAUGGCAGCUCCCCCAAGAAGCGUAAGGGAAAGCAGUCGUCUACAGCUAGGUCCAUAUUCUUUUCUUGUCUUUGUAUUGUUUGAUUGUGCCACAUUAUUGUCGUAAAAAAAACAAACGAGUGAGUGAGGACUUAUGUAGGUUAUACGUGUAUCAAUGCAUCAUGUUUUUUUUGUCUUGAUUCGUAGAAAUCAAAUGAAUUGAAUGCCACCAGUGCUGCAAAAAAAGAAAAAACAAUUAUGAGAAAGUACAAUGCAGAAUCAAUUUGGACAGCUACAAGUACACACAGUAGAUUUUCAUCAUUUGAUCUCUGGCUCCUGGUGACUCUGAUAUGAACGUCAGAGCUCAGUCAGCGUUGUGGCUUGUCCAAGUCCAGGAGCCUGUGCAGUCUCAGGGUAACCACUCCCAUCAAGUGGUCACCGCCACAGCCACUUAGGGCCAUUCUGCCGUGAUGAAAUGAAAUCCACGUCUGUUUCUUUUCUGCACUUCGCGCCGGUCUCCCUCCGUUUCAAAGUGGUCUGCCCAUCGCUGUCUGGCCUGAAGUAUAGUGUCUCCUUGUGUCGCCAACUUUAGAAAGAUCCUUUAAAAAGUGUCACCAAAUGAUGACACUCGUAAUGAAUGGUGUAAGCCACUGGAGUGCCCAGUACAGCAUCUAAGAUCAAAUUUGGACCACCAGCACCAUCAACACAGGGAAGAGACUGAGCUAUUUGAUACCAGUGUUUUUUAUACCAUGACUGUAUUCUAGGCAAUGAGAAUGAUUUUCUCUAAUUUGAGAAGACAUUUAUCUGUCACUAUACUAGCAUACCAUAAACCAUUAAGUGAACUUCAGGUAAAAACAAGUAAAGUCAUACAACAUGAUUGCAUGAUGAAAAUUAUUAAAUUAUUUUUAUUUCAAGAUAAUUUACAGAUAAAGAAACACUACGGGAAUGUAAGUUUACUGCAAGUGCUAAUAGUGAAGACAACAAUCUUCAUUUCUUUAAGAGAAUUGUCCAAGACAACAUAAGGUAUUUUUUUUCCAAGAUGGCAGAACCUUCUUUUCUCCCAAGGGAUUUUUGAUACUUUCAACAUCAACUUCAAAAGGGGUUCACUGUUUGCAGAGCAUCAGAGCUAUAGCUUACACAAUUUCAAUACAAACAGAGACAGGUCUUUGUCACCUCUGCUCUGUCAAUAGUCUCUUUUGUGUGCAUAAAAUCGUUGCCCCCACUUCCAUGGAUGGAGAAAGAUGGUUUCAAACUUGAAUUGCAGUGUUUGUUCAUAGAUUGAUCGUUUUUAUUUAUUUUAGAGAUUUUUUUUUCUGUGACCCUGUGACCCUGUAAAAACAGACCGGUCCUAAUUUUCACACAGGAAGUGCAUCACAAGUACUGCAACAACCAUUCAGUUCAUUUUGUGAUGUCUUACCUCAUCUUGUUUCUUCUGUGGGUACUAUAACUUAAAGUUUAUGUUUAGGGAUGUUUUUGCUUCUAAAUCAAUGUUACCUCAAUCCAGAAUCAAAAUGCAUAAUGUAACAUUAUCUGAAAUGCCACAUCACAAGACAAGAUUGUAUUUUCUGUAUGAUUUGGGCAGCAGAACUGAGUAUGGAUGGAUGUAAUAUGACAAGGUGAUAAUUCUCCUUAAAAUAAUAUCUUAACACCAGAGUUAAAUGCAUGGCCUUCUUUCUGUUCUCUUUACAUCAGUAUGAAUAGACAGACAGACAACAUUGGUAAUAACUUUCACCCAAUGAACACAAGACUAUGCAAGGUAAGAAUGAUUAUGGUGCUGAAUCUUUAGGCAUGACUGAAAAGCUGACUUGAAUCCAAGGUAAAAUAAACUAUUGUUUAAAUUGGUUUCUUUCUUUGCAUGCAUGCUUUUUUGCAUAAGAUACCUGUGACUGACUCAGUAUGCUUUGUGCUGAAUGCACAAGCUCAGAGCAAUGAGGUUAAAAUGCUUUACCUGAAAACUUCUAAUAAAUAAAUAAAACCUGUUAACUUUCCAA